GUACCUGCCUGCCACCACCUACCUGUGGAGGAGAGACUGUAAAGAUGGAGGCCAAAGGUAACAACAAUCUUGUAAAAGGGCAAGCAACUUUUAUGUUGGAGCUCUACCGUGCUGCAUUGUCCGAGGGUGGUAAGGCCAGUAUGGGCAAUAAGAGCAACAAGUCACUGAACAUAGCAGUCUCACCCGUGAGCAUUGCUCUCGCGCUGGUGGUUGUCUCUGGCGGGGUAGCCGGGAACACGUUGACGGAAAUACUUAACGUUCUCCGGCUUCCGGAAGAUCUGGCCGUUGCGCAUUCUUCCUUGACAUCUCUGCACAGGAAUCUGCUUGGAGGGCCCACCUCUGCCUCCACCUCAGAUUCAGCUGCAGCCGUGAAAGUUCAGAUUGCGACCGGACUUUGGGUGACUGAUCAGCUGCCGCUGAAAAAGGAGUAUGAGGAUCACGUUGCCAUGUACGAGGGUCGUGUGGUGCCUGCAGAUUUUGUCGGGGCAGCAUCACAAGUACGUGAAGAAAUCAACCGGUGGGUGAGCAAUCAGACAUCAAGAAAGAUACAGGAGAUCGUCCCUGAAGGCCUGCUUGACAAAGACUCUGUCUUUGUGCUUGUUAACGCGCUCUACUUCAAGGGAUUGUGGCGGAGAGUCUUCUAUGAAGAGGAUACUGACCCUGAGGAGUUCAAGAUACCGGCCAAAGGUGAGGGCUUCAAGACUGUGUUUGUUCAGAUGAUGAGGAAUGAUGGAAUGUACAGAAUAGGAAAGCAGAACGGUUUUCGGAUUUUGCGAUUGCCCUAUAAGGUGGGGGGAGCGGAUGAUUGCCGUCAACUGGCUAUGUAUAUUUUCCUCCCGGAUGAGGUGGAUGGGCUUGCAAAGAUGGAGGGAUCGUUGACUGCCGAAUUGCUUGAGGAGUCGUUCGGAAACAUGUGCGACAACUACCUUGACAAACUUCUGCUCCCAAAAUUCAAAGUGGCAUCAGGUCUGAAACUCAACCAGUCGCUGAAGGAUAUUGGCAUGAAGAUCGCAUUCGAUUGGGAAAUUUCCGAUUUGAGCAGGGCACAGUUGCAGUAGCAGGAUUCUGUAUGACAGCGGAUCAUCCUUUCCUUUUCAUAAUACGAGAGGACACAUCCUGUGUCGCUCUGUUUCUUGGUCGGGUUGUAGAUCCUCGGCCUUCCGAUUAGUUGUGAAUGUCAGAGUAUUUUUGCGCUCGUCAAUGGGAUGUGGGUUCAACUUGGUGCAAUACCGCACGAGGUCGAGUGUUUGCGGGCACAUAUUACAAUGGCUUAAUGGUUCUCAAAUGUAUUAAUGGUUCAUAAGCAGAUCAUGAGGUCGAGUGUUGAUGGGUACGCGAAUUAUGGGUCAAUUUGUGGGGCGCGUUGUUGUGCAACAUGUCAUGAAUAUGACAGUGUUCUUGCAGCUCUUUCGYGA